AUGGCCUCCCGCAGGUCCCUGGGCGGCGGUCGCGUGCUGGGGAGCGGGAGGAAUCUGUCGCCCGCCGUGACGCCCGCCGCGUCGCCCGCCCCGCACGCUCUGCAGGCGCCCCAGGCGCAGCAUGGCCGCAAUACCAGUCUGCUGUCGCCGUCGGAGAGCUCGCUGUCGCUGAGCAGCCAGACGUCCAACAGCCCCGCCAGCACCGCCGAGACGAGGGAGGAUAUUGGCAGCAAGGUCCUGCUGGGGCCGAGCGAGAAUGCCGCCGCCCGUGCCAGCAGCCGUCUGGCGUGUCCGAUAUGCAGCGAGGAGAUGAUGACGCUCCUCCAACUGAACCGACAUCUCGACGACAACCACCAGAACCUCGUCGAGGAAGAGCAGGAUGAGGUCAAGAACUGGUUCGAGGAGCAGAUGGUCAAGGCCAAGAAGUUCCAGCCGCUCGCCGUGCUGAACCAGAAGCUCAAGGGACUCGACGUCUUCGAAUCGAACAGCGCGCCGACCCCCCCGCCCGCUGCCCACGCCCGCAGCGCCUCGAGCUCGCGCCUUGGUCACGAGACACCGCCUGCCGUUGUCCGCAGAGAUCCUGAGGAGGAGGUCACAAGGGCGCACUGGCAGAGGCCGAGCUACCGCGACGUGUGCUCGGACCCGGUUUGCGGCCGGCCGAUCACAGCAUCUGGGAUGGCCCUGGGCAAUAGCCAGACCGCUGUCAACUGCCGACAGUGCGGGCAGCUGUUCUGUGAAGACCACACAUUGUACCAGAUGCGGCUGUCGAGGGCCGCAAAACACGAUCCCGUCAGAGGCAUCUGGUGUCGAGUCUGCGAGACGUGCUACAAAUCAAGAGAAGGCUACAACGACCAUCAUGGAUUUGAGCGAAAUCACUUCGACGAGUUUGCCAAAAUUCGGCGACGGAGGGUGGACAGAGAGUACAUGGAGGUCAGCAGGCUGGAAAAGCGCCUCACAAAACUGACUCAACUGCUUACCAACCCGCCGCCUAUUGAGGAGGCGCCGAGCGCUGGAGGCUGGUUUGGGCUGUCCACAGUCGGUAUCAAUACAGCCAAAAGCCAGCGUAAAGCUCUUGAGCAGUCCAUCAUCACCUGGGAGGAAGAUACAACAGUCUCGCACUGCCCGUUCUGCCAGCAAGAGUUCUCGACGUACACAUUCCGGAGACAUCACUGUCGCAUGUGCGGGCGAGUGGUCUGCGGCGAUCCAACCACCGCAUGUUCGACGGAGAUUGGACUGAAUGUGAACCCGAAGAAAUCAGAAAAGGCGACGGACCAAAUGAGCGUCGACAUACGUAUGUGCAAGGACUGUAAUCACACUCUGUUCAGUAGAAACGACUUUAAGCGAGAGAUGGCCGAAAGACCAAAAGACCAACGAUCGUAUGAAAACCUGGUGCAGUUCGAAAGAGGCAUCCGGCUGCUGUUGCCGCGAUUCCAAAAGCUUUUAGUAGCCCUACAGGAUCCCGAGAAACCACCAACGCCACAGCAGCUCACAGACGCGACAAAGGUCCGAAAACGACUGAUGGAUGCGUUCGCCCAGUUCGACGCAGCCGCAAAACGAAUACGCGACCUGCCCACAGACUCGCCUACACAAAAGAAGCUCCAAAAGGCCGUACACCAACAAGCCUACAGCUUCCUGAGCCUGCACAUGCUGCCCCUGCGCUCCCUCCCCAAGAUCCUCAAGCACGCUGCGCCCCAAGGCCAGCCCGCAAAACGCGGCGCUCUCGCCGCCAUCAAAGCGGGCCAUACCGCCGGCGGCAGUGGCGUCAGCAGCAGCGAAGUGUCGGCCAUGGAGAGCGAGGAGAAGGAACUGCGCGAGCGGCUCAUCGUGCUCGAAGAGCAGAAGUUCAUGGUCAGCGAGAUGGUAGCCGACGCGGCCAAGCACCGCCGCUUCGAUGAGCAGACCAGUCUCGCGCAGAAUCUCGCGGAUCUCAAUCAGGAGAUCGACCAGGUGAAUGGGCAGCUUGGACAGCUCGACUUUGCGGGCGCCUAUCAACGCGACAUUGGCAGUCCGGCGCUGUAG